GGCAGGAGAGGCUGCGGGUGGCGCGCGUUUCUUCUCCUGAAGGGAUUCCGGGGAGUCCAACAGAAGCUGCUGUUUCUGCUUCUGCUUCUGCUUCUACGCCGGCCAUGGCAGCCACGGCUGCUUCUACCGCGAGGGUCUUGCUGGGGUCAGCGGGGAAGGGCGGCGCGAGGCGGGCAAGUGCUGCUACUGCUGCUGCCGCCGCCGCCUCCCCUGCCUCCUUAGCCGGGCUCUGCUGCUCCUGCGGCGGCGGCGGCUUAAAGGCAAAUCCCUAUUGCACGCUGGCCCCUGGGCAGCAGCAGCAGCCCUCCGCCCCGUCCCCGGACAUGAAGAACUACCUGUGGAAGCGCUAUAACGAAGCCAAGAAAGUGACGAAAGACCUGGUUCCUUCCAUUAUGAGUAACUUGCUGAAUCCAGAUGCUAUCUUUUCAAACAAUGAAAUGAGUUUCUCGGACAUAGAAAUCUAUGGCUUUGAUUAUGAUUACACACUCGUCUUCUAUUCCAAGCAUUUGCACACAUUGAUCUUCAAUGCUGCUCGGGAUCUUUUGAUAAAUGAACACCGGUAUCCUGCAGAAAUCCGGAAGUAUGACUACGAUCCAAAUUUUGCAAUAAGAGGUCUUCAUUAUGAUGUACAUCGGGCAUUAUUGAUGAAGAUCGAUGCUUUUCAUUAUAUUCAGUUGGGAACAGUGUACAGAGGAAUGAGCGUUGUCCCGGAUGAGGAAGUCAUUGCCAUGUACGAUGGGUCCCAUGUCCCCUUGGAACAAAUGAGCGACUUCUAUGGAAAGAGUUCACAAGGUAACGCCAUGAAGCAGUUCAUGGAUAUCUUCUCCUUGCCAGAAAUGACGCUCCUGUCUUAUGUGAAUGAGUAUUUUUUGAAAAACAAUAUAGACUAUGAGCCAGUUCAUCUCUACAAAGAUGUAAAGGACUCAAUCAGAGAUGUCCACAUCAAAGGAAUAAUGUACAGUGCAAUUGAAGCAGAUAUUGAGAAAUACAUUUGUUACGCAGAGCAAACGCGUGCAGUGCUUGCAAAGCUGGCAGAUCAAGGCAAGAAGAUGUUCCUCAUCACAAACAGCCCUAGCAGUUUCGUGGACAGGGGCAUGAAGUACAUUGUUGGGAAAGACUGGAGGGAACUUUUCGAUGUUGUCAUUGUCCAGGCUGACAAGCCAAACUUUUUCAAUGACAAGAGAAGACCUUUCCGUAAGGUGAAUGAGAGAGGUGUUUUGCUUUGGGACAAAAUCCAUCAACUGCAGAAAGGCCAGAUAUACAAACAGGGCAACUUAUAUGAGUUUCUAAAGCUGACUGGCUGGAGAGGCUCCAAAGUCUUGUAUUUCGGCGAUCACAUUUAUAGCGAUUUAGCAGAUUUGACCUUAAAGCACGGCUGGCGAACAGGUGCAAUUAUUCCGGAGUUACGGACGGAGAUUAAGAUCAUGAACACAGAGCAAUACAUUCAGACCAUGACCUGGCUUCAGACUCUCACUGGAUUACUGGAACACAUGCAGGUUCACAAGGAUCCAGACUCUCAGCUGAUUUUACACGAGUGGAAAAAAGAAAGAAAGGAAAUGAGAGAAACAACCAGGAACUUCUUCAAUUCUCAGUUUGGAAGCUUGUUCAGGACUGACCAGAACCCAACCUAUUUUUUAAGACGCUUGUCUCGCUUUGCUGAUAUUUACAUGGCAUCAUUGAGUUGCCUUUUGAACUAUGACCACGACUACACAUUUUAUCCAAGGAGGACUCCUUUGCAGCAUGAACUCCCGACAUGGUCAGACCAACUGUGCACUGGAAAUAAUUUGGUCCCCCCAGUGCUGGUCAGGUAAAGUUUGUGUGUUACUAGUUUGUAUACAUUUUAUAUGUACGUGAGAGGCUUUUAAUUGCAUUGUUCUAAUUCUGUGUGUUGAUUAAGAACUGCCUGCUUGCAUGACUCAAUAUGGUCCGGGAUUUCAGUUCAUUGAAAUAACUUCUAAGCAAUGCCGAGAUGAAGUUUUUAAUUUCCCUCUUUGCCUUGAAAGCUGUGGUUUGGGGGUGGGGGUCUCUUCUCCUCCCUUUAUUGCUUUGGCACCAUUUCCCCAUUUUCAGUUGCAUUCACAUGAUCCCUGAAUGGCUGGAUCACGUGAAUGCAGUGCAAUGCAAAUUUAACCAAUUGGAUUGGAUGAUAUCUUGAAGGGCAAAUGAAGCCCAUUUUGUGUGAGAACUAUGUUCACAUGGACGAUCCUAUAGACGUGUUCAGGUAUCAAACUUUGUUUUUGGUGUCUCUUCGCAGUGAUCCACCAAACCACUCCCUUUCUGGCAUUAAGUAUUUCCCCUACUUUUUAUAAUUGUUUUUGCAUCGACACAGACUGACUUAGUUUUCUGAGGAGUAGAGAGGCUGUGGCUUGGUGGCAGAGCAUCUACUUUGUGUGCAGGCGUACAGCCCCCAGGUUGAAGCCCUGCCAAUCCCAGUUAGGGGUUCGAGAAAGGGACACUGGAGAGCCACUGUCAACACCACUGAUCAGACUUGGUAUUAGGCAAUUUCCUGUGUUCCUCUGAUGUGCUGGCCAUGUAGCCCAAUUGGCAUCUUAUGCGGAGGGGCUUGAGCUUGUCCUUUGGUGAAUGCUGGUGGGGAUGUUUUUCUGCCUAUAAAAUUUUACACUUGGUAUGCAUAACUGCCACUGACCACCUUAAUGCUCUGUGCUAGAGUGGAUGAAACACUGCUGAGUCAUUGGUCAAGCUUUAUCAGAACAGUUACCUCUGUUUUAUUGCUUUUAAAAAAAGAGGGGAAAAGCCCUUUAAACGGAAAAUCCAAUGGAUUGGACUUGAUUGUUAAAGCAUAACCAAGACUUGGUGUUACUUGAAAUGCAUCUAAUAUUCUAGGCUUCCAAAGCCCCAUUAAAAGACUGUAUUUGUAUAAGAUGUUAAAGAAUGGAAUUAGUUUGUAUUCUAGAAAAUUAUGGCAUAAAGUAAAGCCCUUUAAGGGUUUAUGAGAACACUAUCCAGUGUUGUAUACUCCUUCUCCACACAGAAUUUUUGUACAAAAUCACUUUGUAGAAAACUACUAUUGCAGAUUACUUUUAUUUCUUUGUAUACAAAGUAUAUUAACUGGUGCUGAUUUGCUGCUACAUAAUGUCAUAUAUUGUAAAAUGUUCUUGCAUGUGAAGUGAUUGGGGCCUAACCAGCUGCAAACUAACAUUUGCUCAUUUCUGUUAACUGCUGUUAUUUAAAAGCAUUGUAAUCACUUAUUGUAGCCAUGUGGAAUUUUGUCAGUAUCUGAAUAC